GUGCUGCUCGCAGUAGUGGCGGCACACUACGGUGGGCAUUCACGAAAGGUAUACGCCUUGGAUACUUUUGAUGGUAUGCCUGAUCCCACGACGUCUGACAUCUUGAAAGAUCUCCGUACCCCUGCGGGGGCAACUUCUUGGGGGAGUGGGACGUGCAGCGCCCUUCAAGAUAAUGUUCGACGUCUUGCCAAAAACUUUGAUGUGGAAAAGCAAUUAGUUGUUGUUCCAGGCAUGUUUCAGGAAACCAUGCCCGAUGUUGUGAAGGAGAUCCAUGCUGAGGGGAUUGCUAUGAUGCAUUUAGAUGCGGAUUGGUACGAGUCAACAAAGUGUGCCCUGGAACUUGCGUGGCCGAUGGUAACAAAGGGAGGCGUGGUGCAGGUGGAUGACUACAACUACUGGGAUGGAUGCCGAAAAGCGGUGGAUGAGUUUAUUCAAUCACGGGCGCUGGGAGGUUUGCAUGAGUCGCUGCAAAUUCAACCGGUUGAUGGUAACGCAGUGUACUUCACAAAAAAGUGA